ACUCCAACCACAACCACUGAAACAACCAAAACUCCAACCACAACUACUGAAACAACCACAACUGAAACGACCACAACUCCAACCACAACUGAAACGACCACAACUCCAACCACAACUAUAACGACCACAACUCCAACCACAACUAUAACGACCACAACUCCAACCAUAACUGAAACAACCACAACUCCAGCCACAACUCCAACCACAACUACUGAAACAACCACAAUUCCAACCACAACUACUGAAACAACCACAAUUCCAACCACAACUGAAACAACCACAACUGAAACGACCACAACUCCAACCACAACUCCAACCACAACUGAAACGACCACAACUCCAACCACAACAACUGAAACAACCACAACUCCAACUACAACUGAAACGACCACAACUCCAACAACAACUACUGUAACAACCACAACUCCAACCACAACUGAAACAACCACAACUCCAACCACAACUGAAACGACCACAACUCCAACCACAACUGAAACAGCCACAACUGAAAUGACCACAACUCCAACCACAACUCCAACCACA